UUAGGAAAUGAGAGUUAAUUUUGAGUAUGAUGAUUUUAUUUAAUGACCAACGUUGUUAAUAAAAUUGUAUUCCGCAAGAUUCAGAAUUAUCAUUAUUGGUUCUAUUUCUGCCCAACGGUGAUGUAGAAUUAAUAUUGAGAAGUGCCAUGUUUUAAUUUGACCAACGUUGAAUUAACUCAUUUUGAUGGAAAUUUUGUUUCAGGAAAUCCUAUGAGUUUUAUCUCGGCUAUUGAUCCCCUCAAUGGAGGGAACUAUGGCUCGUGGCGAGAGAAGGUUGAGAUGGGGCUUGCUUUGCUUGACCUCGACUUGGCACUGAUAGAGGCUUGUCCCAUAGAACCUAAGGACCCCGUGAGGGGCGACAAAGAAAGUGAAGAUGACUUCAACAAAAGGGUCCUUGACCAUGGACCAAAAAGAAUGAAGUACGAUCUUGAUCGUGCUAAGUGGGACUCGUCCAACAGAAAGUGCUUGAUGGUGAUCAAGAGCUCCAUUUUGGAGGCUAUAAGGGGAGCAAUCGCACAGUGUGACACCGCUAGUGAGUACCUGAAAAAGGUAGAGAGUCAGUUUACUGGGUCUUCCAAGGCCUAUGCUAGCACUCUCAUAAGAAAGCUUGUCACUACCAAGUACACUGGUGGUGGAGUAAGGGAUCACAUAUUGAGGAUGAGCCAUAUGUCUUCCAAGCUCAAGUCUAUGGAGAUGGAGCUUCCAGAACAGUUCGUCAUCCAUCUGAUCUUUGCCUCACUCCCAAAAGAAUUUGAGACUUUUGCUGUGAACUACAAUGCACAGCCAGAAAAGUGGGCCAUUGAGAAGAUGAUUGCCAUGUGUGUGCAAGAAGAAGAGAGGAUCAAGGGGCAAUCUGGUGAUUCUGUCAAUUACCUAAGCCCAACCAAGAAGAGGAACUUUCAGAGUUUUCAGAGUUCCAAGCCACAAGGGAAACCUCGGUGGAAUCCUCCUCCGCCUAAGCCGCAUGGCAAGGCUCAAGAUCACCAGCCGCAUGAAGAGGUGGCCAAGGACACUUGCAAGUGGUGCAAGGAAAAGGGCCACUACCAGAAAGACUGUGUGGCAUUCCUGAAACAUCUGUGCAAGAAAGGGAUUCCGUAUGAGACAGACCCUGCAAAGAGGAGAAAGAUGCAUUAAAGUAGCAAACGGCAUCCAAGCUGAAGUCGAAGCCAUUGGAGAUCUCCCAUUAGUAUUAGCUAAUGGCUUUGUACUUUUAUUAGUAGAUGUGCUUUAUGUACCCUCUUUGCAUCGGAACUUAAUAAGUGUAUCGCGCUUAGAUGAUGAUGGUUUUGCUUGCCAUUUUGGUGAUGGUCAAUGUAAGAUCAAGUUUAAUAAUGAGAUUGUUGGUCUUGCCUUCCGACAAGACAAGCUUUAUUUAUUGUCACUUUGUGAUGAGAA